AGGUCGGAGCGGGCCAAGCUCUCAGUGUUAGUAGUUUCCAGCUCUUGCGCCACCCAACCCCAAAGUUCCUCGGCAUCCAUCUUCCUCACAACGACUCCGUUCCCGUGAGAGACAGAAAGAGAGAGAGAGAGAGAGAGAGAAAACGUGCGAGAGAAUCAGACAGGUCACGAGUCAACUGAGGAACUCCUUCAGGCAAUCUCCCGUCUUCCAACUCUCCCGAUCACAAGACCAAAGACCGACUUGUGAUGCCCGGGGAAGGACCAAUAGGACCUGCCAUGACCGAGGAUCCCCGUGAUUUGCUCCUCAUGACUAGAAUACUCAAACUUAUCCUAUAGGACCUUGAGAAAUAGUGACUCAAUCUUAUCCUAUACGACCCUGAGGACAGAUUAUGAAAGCUUAUUUCACAGGUCCAAAAACAGGUUAUUUCAUCUUAUCCCGUUAAGACUCCGCUAACAAGUCAUCCAAUAUUAGCGUGCAGGGCUCAGUGCACAGGCUAUUCGCCCAACUGUGACAUCGAGACGAUUAAGAAAGUGCUACUCAAUGAACGUAGAAGAACAUAUGCAAAACUAACGCGAUCAAGUGGCAUUGUGAUACCGACAACGAACCUAGUGGACAGAAACUAACUAAAGUAAUGUAAAUGCUACUUAUAUACCUACAUAAUCUAUGACAUAAAGGAAUAACCGAACCGUUAUAUUUCUAUAGCAAUAACUUUCCAUACAAAAGAUAUCAACCUGUGAAACUUGUACCCAAAGAAAACACAAAAAUACUAAGAUAAAAACUUCAUGUUCCUAUUAGCUCUAAUGCAAUAUUAAUUAAAGAUAUAAAUAUAAAUACUAUUUUUACCACUCUUUUAUUAAGGAAAAGUACACGAAGACAGCAAAAGACAACACUAUCUCAGAAGAAGAGAAAACCAGUCCUCAGAAAUAUCCCAAAGUGUCAGACAACAUAUCACAUCAGUGUGCCCUAAAAUUUAAGUGUUCUAGAGUUUAUUUUUAGUAACCGGACAGUGUUGAACUUAUCAAGGGGCAACUUGACCCUGAAAACAGAACUAAACAAAAAGUGACUCUGUGAUACCAAGAACUGGUGUGGCCUGUGAUCAAGACGGAACCUAUCAUGAAUUUCUUAUGGUGUGUCCUGAGCUUCCUGCUGCUUCACAUCAUCUCCUACGAGCAGGGAGGCGUGAUGAGCAGCGUGCCCUAUUCCUAUAAUUCCAUGGGCUUAUGGGGCCACAACGUGGUGGCUCCUCCUGUAUGGGGCCAUCCGCCGAAAAUCUACAGGCACCGCCGGGUCUCUCACAAUAAAAAUCCCCAGCUGAAGAAGGAAAGGAAAAUCAGCCAAGGCGCCGCCCGCGUGGUCCAGUCUUCCCAUUACGAACUGGAGUACAUCCUGGGUCGUAAGAUAAUCUUCAUCUGCACAGCCCGUGGAAAUCCCAGGCCCAGGAUCACAUGGUACAAGGACGGGGUGGAACUCUACGCUCACAACUAUUUCCAGGUCCACGAGUGGGAGAUCGGGAAGCACAAACUAAAGAGCAAGAUGGAGAUCGACCCAGCAACCCCGAUGGACGUUGGGUACUACGAAUGCCAGGCCAACAACAUGCACGCUGUUGACCACAGGGGAUUCCGCACACAGUACACAACGCGAAUGUAAGCGCUGGCUAAGGGCAAUCAAGCUGCCACGCCCUUGCAAGCAUACUCCGGACACCAGCGACUGUUUAAACACAAUGCCCGCCCAACAGGUGUUCCAAAUGAUCAGUGACUAAUUGGUUGUGUGGCAUCUCAAGCAGCAAUCGUCAGUUUUUGUCUAGUCAUUCAAAAUUGAGGUCAUUCAUAGAGAUAAAAUGAUCGUGUAGCCCAAAAGAUUUUGCUUCAUUUUUCUCUUCUUAUUUCCUGGCUAUAGAUGGCAAUAACUGCGUCAUUUCAAGGUGUAUAACACUAACAUAUGAUAUUUAGUCACGUCGAUAAACACUGUGCUAGAUAUAUUCACAUAGUUCUUAGAUACUCAAGAGAAUUAUUGUAAUACUGCAGUCAAUCUUUAGCAAUUUUAAUGUAUUUUAAUCAAGAACAUUUGCUUCCAUCUAAUGCAAUAAGUUUUUUCCGCAAUUGGAAGUUAGUCUGUUUUCAUUUUAAACUGAAUGGCAAAACUGGACACAUUUUCAUUCACCAUCUUCAGGGAAGAUAUAUAUAUAUAUAUAUAUAUAUAUAUAUAUAUAUAUAUAUAUAUAUAUAUAUAUAUAAAUAUACAUAAGUUACAUCUUAUCCUUUAAAUAAAGGUAUGCGUACAAAGAUGUCAAUAAUGUAUAUUAACUACUAACAUAUCACACAUGCAUGUGUGUAUUAAUGUGUACGUGAGCAUGUAUGCAUUCAUUUGUGUGAAAUGGAAAUUAU